AUGGACGCCGACGGCCUGAAGCACCGGCCGAACGCUGUUACCAAACCCAUACCUCCCGAGGACCUACAUGAACACGGCGCUGAUGCUGGCAAGAUCGUACACCCGGCAGGCCCCGUCAAGCAUGGCGGGCCCAAGCAGGCCUUGCGCAUGUUCCUGUUCGGCGUGUACUUCAUGGGCAGCUGCGUGUGCAUCAACAUCACCCAGCUCAUCGGCGCCCCGAUAUACUUUUACAGCAAGGAUUGGUACUAUGCCUGGAUGGCCGUCACCAAGCAGCACUUCGGCCUGCUCAUCACAACCAUGACACAGUGGUGGUCGCCUACCGUUGUGAGGGUCAGCGGCGACGAGAGCGUGCGUGGCCAGCUCAGGCAAACCGAAGACGGCCGUUUGGAGUGCGAUUUCCCCGACCGCCUGCUUUUGAUUGCGAACCAUCAGAUCUACACCGAUUGGCUGUACUUGUGGUGGAUUGCUUACACCUCGCGCAUGCAUGGACACCUGUACAUCAUUCUUAAGGAGUCGCUCAAGUACAUCCCCAUCAUCGGCACCGGCAUGCAAUUCUUCAGCUUCAUCUUCCUCUCGCGCAAGUGGGCCACGGAUAAACCCCGCUUCCAACAUCGUCUGCAGAAGCUCAACGCUCGCCACAAGGGCCCAAUGUCUGGCGAGCACGAUUUGGAUCCCAUGUGGCUUCUCAUAUUUCCCGAAGGCACCAAUCUGUCUUCGAAUGGACGCGAAUCAAGCGCACGCUGGGCUAAGAAGAGCGGUCAGAGCGACCUGAGACAUGCGCUUUUGCCGAGAAGCACUGGCCUGUUUUUCUGUUUACAGGAGCUGAAGGGCACGACCGAGUGGGUCUACGAUUGCACCAUGGCGUACGAGGGCAUUCCCCGGGGUCUAUACGGCCAGGACAUCUUCACCUUGAAAUCCACCUACUUCGAAGGCCGUCCCCCGCGGUCAGUCAAUCUCCACUGGCGCCGCUUUGCCGUUAAAGAUAUCCCGAUAUCCUCGCAGCCCGAAUUUGAGGAAUGGAUCCUCCAGCGUUGGCGCGAGAAGGACGAUCUUCUGGAGAUCUACCUGCAGACCGGUCGCUUCCCUGCCGAUCCCGAGGGUAUUCGCUACGAGACGGCCAAGGGUCUCAAUGGCAUGCCAAUGCUCGACAAAAGCAAGACGCUUGCUGAAGGCAGAGGCUACAUCGAGACCGAGGUCCGGCCGAAGAGCCCGUUCGAGUUUCUGCAAAUUUUCAUUCCCGGAGCUGCUCUAGUGCUGGUGGGGAACGUCGUGGCCAAGACGCUGAAGCUGGUGAAAUCUGUCGCCAGCGGCGCGUAA